ACUCAGAACCUGGACCUGGGCUCCUUUGACAGGGUCAACUUCCUCAUCUGUGUCCCUCCUUCUGAGGUCACCUUCCAACAGACUGUACUGCAUCUCUGGAACUCAGGUAACUGUCACUCCUCUCUUCCCUCCUCUCUUCCCUCUUCUCUUCCCUCCUCUCCUCUUCCCUCCUCUUUCUCCUCCUCUCUUCCCUCCUCUCUUCCCUCCUCUCUUCCCUCCUCUUCCCUCCUCUUUCUCCUCCUCUCUUCCCUCCUCUCUUCCCUCCUCUCCUCUCUUCCCUCCUCUUUAUUUUACUUCUAUCCCACCUUUCAUCAGACUCUUCUUCUUCUUCUUCUUCUUCUUCUUCUUCUUCUUCUUCUUCUUUCUUCUUCUUCUUCUUCUUCUUCUUCCCGCUCGUCCUCCUCCCCCUUCUUUCCUCCACCUCCAUCCCUCCUGAGGUGACUUCCAGGAAGUUGUCUUCAGGUCUUGUUCUCCUCUGUCUGAUGUCUGUUGUGUAGCAGGCUGAAGACACAGAGCCCCCUGCUGGUGUGUUUUAUAAAUUCAGAGAUGUGUUGGCUCUCGUUACUCAAACUUUCACCUGAAACACAUUGUUGCCAUGUGUGUGAAGGGAAAGGGGAUACCUAGUCAGUUACAAAACUGAAUACAUACAACAAAAUGUGUCUUCUGCAUUUAACCCAACCCUCUGAAUCAGAGAGGUGCAGGGGGCUGCCUUAAUCAACAUCCACGGGGAGCAAUUGUUGUUAACUGUCUUGCUCAAGGGCAGAACGGCUGAUUUUUACACCUUGCCAGCUCUGGGAUUCGAACUAGUUACCUUCUGGUUACUGGCCCAGAGCUCUUCACCACUAGGCUACCUGUCGUGUGUGUGUGUGUGUGUAUAUACAGUGGGGGGAAAAGUAUUUAGUCAGCCACCAAUUGUGCAAGUUCUCCCACUUAAAAAGAUGAGAGAGGCCUGUAAUUUUCAUCAUAGGUACACGUCAACUAUGACAGACAAAAUGAGAAUUUUUUUUCCAGAAAAUCACAUUGUAGGAUUUUUUAUGAAUUUAUUUGCAAAUUAUGGUGGAAAAUAAGUAUUUGGUCAAUAACAAAAGUUUCUCAAUACUUUGUUAUAUACCCUUUGUUGGCAAUGACACAGGUCAAACAUUUUCUGUAAGUCUUCACAAGGUUUUCACACACUGUUGCUGAUAUUUUGGCCCAUUCCUCCAUGCAGAUCUCCUCUAGAGCAGUGAUGUUUUGGGGCUGUCGCUGGGCAACACGGACUUUCAACUCCCUCCAAAGAUUUUCUAUGGGGUUGAGAUCUGGAGACUGGCUAGGCCACUCCAGGACCUUGAAAUGCUUCUUACGAAGCCACUCCUUCGUUGCCCGGGUGGUGUGUUUGGGAUCAUUGUCAUGCUGAAAGACCCAGCCACGUUUCAUCUUCAAUGCCCUUGCUGAUGGAAGGAGGUUUUCACUCAAAAUCUCACGAUACAUGGCCCCAUUCAUUCUUUCCUUUACACGGAUCAGUCGUCCUGGUCCCUUUGCAGAAAAACAGCCCCAAAGCAUGAUGUUUCCACCCCCAUGCUUCACAGUAGGUAUGGUGUUCUUUGGAUGCAACUCAGCAUUCUUUGUCCUCCAAACACGCCGAGUUGAGUUUUUACCAAAAAGUUAUAUUUUGGUUUCAUCUGACCAUAUGACAUUCUCCCAAUCCUCUUCUGGAUCAUCCAAAUGCACUCUAGCAAACUUCAGACGGGCCUGGACAUGUACUGGCUUAAGCAGGGGGACACGUCUGGCACUGCAGGAUUUGAGUCCCUGGCGGCGUAGUGUGUUACUGAUGGUAGGCUUUGUUACUUUGGUCCCAGCUCUCUGCAGGUCAUUCACUAGGUCCCCCCGUGUGGUUCUGGGAUUUUUGCUCACCAUUCUUGUGAUCAUUUUGACCCCACGGGGUGAGAUCUUGCAUGGAGCCCUAGAUCGAGGGAGAUUAUCAGUGGUCUUGUAUGUCUUCCAUUUCCUAAUAAUUGCUCCCACAGUUGAUUUCUUCUAACCAAGCUGCUUACCUAUUGCAGAUUCAGUCUUCCCAGACUGGUGCAGAUCUACAAUUUUGUUUCUGGUGUCCUUUGACAGCUCUUUGGUCUUGGCCAUAGUGGAGUUUGGAGUGUGACUGUUUGAGGUUGUGGACAGGUGUCUUUUAUACUGAUAACAAGUUCAAACAGGUGCCAUUAAUACAGGUAACGAGUGGAGGACAGAGGAGCCUCCUAAAGAAGAAGUUACAGGUCUGUGAGAGCCAGAAAUCUUGCUUGUUUGUAGGUGACCAAAUACUUAUUUUCCACCAUAAUUUGCAAAUAAAUUCCUUAAAAAUCCUACAAUGUGAUUUUCUGGAUUUUUUUUCUCAAUUUGUCUGUCAUAGUUGACGUGUACCUAUGAUGAAAAUUACAGGCCUCUCUCAUCUUUUUAAGUGGGAGAACUUGCACAGUUGGUGGCUGACUAAAUACUUUUUUUCCCCACUGUAUGUGCACGUGUGUGUGUUUAAUCCCUGUCUGUGUGUGUACUCUAGGUGUCCUCCAGGACCUGGGGUUGGAGCAAGAGUGUCUGUCUCAGAGAGAGGCAGAGCGCUACGUGGUGAAGAUGGAUCAGGAGGCCUAGGUGCACAAACUGGAACCCCAAGACACUCUACAUCCUGGUUCAUGACCACGCUCACUGGGACAUCAGCAGGUGUGUGAAUUUGAUUGUGUUUGCGUGAAUACUUGUGUAUAUGCGUGUGUGUGUGUGUGUCCUUGUGUUUCUAACAUGACCAUAUGUACAGUUGAAGUCGGAAGUUUACAUACACUUAGGUUGGAGUCACUUGUAACGCCAAGGUAGUGGGUUCGAUCCCCGGGACCACCCAUACACAAAAAUGUAUGCACGCAUGACUGUAAGUCGCUUUGGAUAAAAGCGUCUGCUAAAUGGCAUAUUAUAUUAUUAUUAUUAUAUUAAAACUCGUUUUUCAACCACUCCAUACAUUUCUUGUUAACAAACUAUAGUUUUGGCAAGUCGGUUAGCACAUCUACUUUGUGCAUGACACAAGACAUUUUUCCAACAAUUGUUUACAGACAGAUUAUUUCACUUAUAAUUCACUGUAUCACAAUUCCAGUGGGUCAGAAGUUUACAUACACUAAGUUGACUGUGCCUUUAAACAGCUUGGAAAAUUCCAGAAAAUGAUUUAGAAGCAAAAAGAUAGGCUAAUUGACAUCAUUUGAGUCAAUUGGAGGUGUACCUGUGGAUGUAUUUCAAGGAUUACCUUCAAACUUAGUGCCUCUUUGCUUGACAUCAGGGGAAAAUCAAAAGAAAUCAGCCAAGACCUCAGAAAAAAAUGGUAGACCUCCACAAGUCUGGUUCAUCCUUGGGAGCAAUUUCCAAAUGCCUGAAGGUACCACGUUCAUCUGUACAAACAAUAGUAUGCAAGUAUAAACACCAUGGGACCACGCAGCCGUCAUACCGCUCAGGAAGGAGACGCAUUCUGUCUCCUAGAGAUGAACGUACUUUGGUGCGAAAAGUGCAAAUCAAUCGGAGAACAACAGCAAAGGACCUUGGGAAGAUGCUGGAGAAAACAGGUACAAAAGUAUCUAUAUCCACAGUAAAACGAGUCCUAUAUCGACAUAACCUGAAAGGCCGCUCAGCAAGGAAGAAGCCACUACUCCAAAUCCACCAUAAAAAAGCCAGACUACGGUUUGCAACUGCACAUGGGGACAAAGAUCUUACUUUUUGGAGAAAUGUCCUCUGGUCUGAUGAAUCAAAAAUAGAACUGUUUGGCCAUAAUGACCAUCAUUAUGUUUGGAGGAAAAAGGGGGUCGCUUGCAAGCCGAAGAACACCAUCCCAACCGUGAAGCACAGAGUUUGCAGUAUCAUGCUGUGGGGGUGCUUUGCUGCAGGAGGGACUGGUGCACUUCACAAAAUAGAUGGCAUUAUGAGGAAGGAAAAUUAUGUGGAUAUAUUGAAGCAACAUCUCAAGACAUCAGUCAGGAAGUUAAAGCUUGGUCGCAAAUGGGUCUUCCAAAUGGACAAUGACCCCAAGCAUACUUCCAAAGUUGUGGCAAAAUGGCUUAAGGACAACAAAAUCAAGGCAUUGGAGUGGCCAUCACAAAGCUCUGACCUCAAUCCUAUAGAGAUUUUGUGGGCAGAACUGAAAAAGUGUGUGCGAGCAAGGAGGCCUACAAACCUGACUCAGUUACACCAGCUCUGUCAGGAGGAAUGGGCCAAAAUUCACCCAACUUAUUGUGGGAAGCUUGUGGAAGGCUACCCAAAACGUUUGGCCCAAGUUAAACAAAGUUAAAGGCAAUGCUACCUAAUACUAACUGAGUGUAUGUCCAUUUCGGACCCACUGGGAAUGUGAUGAAAUAAAUAAAAGCUGAAAUAAAUCAUUCUCUCUACUAUUAUUCUGACAUUUCACCUUCUUAAAAUAUAGUGGUGAUCCUAACUGACCUAAAACAGGGAAUUUUUACUAGGAUUAAAUGUCAGGAAUUGUGAAAAACUGAGUUUAAAUGUAUUUGGCUAAGGUGUAUGCAAACUUCCGACUUCAACUGUAUCCUAUGGUUCCUAGUGGAUCGUAUGGUGCCAGCGGUUGUGACUCCGGCGGUGGAUUGGUGGACAGCCCGCUCAACUCCCGUCAGAUCAGAGACGCCACCAACAUCUUGACUCUCCACGUCACCUCAUUCCCCUUCGCCCUGCAGACACAACACACACGCAUCAGCCCUUACAACGAGAUUCACUGGCCCUCUGCUUUCACUAAAGUUAGACACUCUCUCACACACACACACACACACACACACACAGAGUCACACACACACAUACACAGUUGUCUCAAACUCUUGUGUGUGUGUGUGUGUGUUUGUGUGUGUGUGUGUGUGUGUGUGUGUGUGUGUGUGUGUGUGUGUGUGUGUGUGUGUGUGUGUGUGUGUGUGUGUGUGUGUGUGUGUGUGUGUGUGUGUGUGUGUGUGUGUGUGAGUGUGUGUGUGUGUGUGUGUGUGUGUGUGUGUGUGUGUGUGUGUGUGUGUGUGUGUGUGUGUGUGUGUGUGUGUGUGUGUGUGUGUGUGUGUGUGUGUGUGUGUGUGUGUGAGUGUGUGUGUGAAUGUGUGUAUAUGUGUGUGUGUGUGUGUGUAUGUAGGACGUGGAUCUGUACCAUGAGAAGACACGUUACUUUGGUGUGUCUGAGCUGCUGGACUCGACUCGUUCAGGCAGCGGCUUGCCUCUCCUCCGCUAUGACAGCUCCUUCCAAAGCAUGGCCUCUGCCCUGGAGGAGAGGUAACACACACAUACGCACAUAACACACACAUAUGAUUUAAUUUGGGCUAUCGAAAUGACACAAGCAUGUAACUAAUAACUCAAUUCCUUGAUCCCCCAGGUUCCCCAGGCUACACAGUGCAGUGAUCAGGACCCAGGUUUUAAAACAACACUACUGUGUCGCCCUGAUGGCCGUGUCGGGCCGGCCUGGCUCAGGGGGGCGAAACCUACAUAAACACACCUCUGUCGAGACGCUGGAGAUCGUCCAGAGCCUGCUCAGCUCCGCCCAGCGAUGCCCCUCCCACCACGGUCACAUGGUGCUGCUACGGCUCCCCUCAUUGGCUCUGGCAGGGUGGGCCCACCAACGGCUGGUGCGGAUCAGACAGAGACUGGGGCUGGGGGAGCGCUUUGAGAUCAUCCUGGGAAACCCCAGCCAAGCCCUUAGCAUAGGACAGAGCUUCACUGAGCGCAUCAAGGUAGGGUUAAACCACAGGACAACUGAGCCGUGUGUAUCAAGGGUCUCAGAGUAGGAGUACUGAUUUAAGCUCAGUUUAGCCUUUUAGAUCACAUGAACAGGGAUAAGGAUCCUGGUUAGCUUCUGCUUGUUACAUCACGUGACAGUUAGCUACAGUAGAUUCCUUAGUUGACAGCAUUGUAAAACAAUCUCAAAGUAAGGCAGGUGACAUAUACUUUAACCUUAUUAGAUCUAUUUUUGUCUUAGUACUUGUCUUAAGCCUGUGUGCGUGUGUGUGUGUGUGUGUGUGUGUGUGUGUGUGUGUGUGUGUGUGUGUGUGUGUGUGUGUGUGUGUGUGUGUGUGUGUGUGUGUGUGUGUGUGUGUGUGUGUGUGUGUGUGUGUGUGUGUGUGUGUGUGUGUGUGUGUGUGUGUCCAGGCGUGGCUGAAGAUCCAGGAGACAGACUGGGUUCCCUACCCUGCAUCCUCAUCCUCUCUGGGGUGGAUAAGAGCAUCUGCUAAAAUGACUAAAAUGUAAAUGUAAAUGUAGACUCCCUGGGAGAGUCCCUACACAGGUACGCACGCACACACAUACACAGACACACAUACACAAACAUUGGUUGAUUGAUUGAUGUAUCUUCUCUCUCCUCCAACCAGAUCGUUGAAGUACUGUGACCUGCAUGUGAUAAGCUCUUCCUACCUGCAGCGCACAGCGUUGGAGCAAGAGCUUGGAUUGGCUGCCUACCUGGUGAGGGUGGAGUCCCAGGGGUCACAACCCCACGGCCACGCCUCCGGCCUGGGCAGUGACCUAUCACACAAACUCAUCAGAACCGACAACGAGGAGGAGGAGGGGGGAGAGAACGGUGAGCAAUGGUGCGCCAUCCACUGGCCACGUUCAAUUAAAUUAAAUACAACUAAAUUCUAGCAAUUCAAGAAGACAAUUUCAUUUCAAUGUGGGUGUUUUCUAACACUAAACAACAAAUGUGACUGUUUAUAUAUCAACAGUAUAACUCACCUCUUCCUCUUCUCUUCCCUCUGCUCCUGGGGGGUGAGCCGCCCCCCUUCCCUGCUGCUGCCCCGGGGACUCUAUGACAUCAUCAAGGCGUGCGACGGGAGUGGGCUGCCUCGCUGCACCUCUUUCUUGCCACACCUGUCUGUGGCCUGGGCCAGCUCCUUCAGGUAGGAACAGUCACACACACACACACACACACACACACACACACACACACACACACACACACACACACACACACACACACACACACACACACACACACACUGUUGAGUAAGAUGAUGCUGUAUAUCAACGUUUCUAAUUAAGCUUUCCUUUCCUCUGUGUCAGACCUCUGCUAAGUAAGAUGAUGACCUGUACAGAACAGUCUCUGUACUACCGCCAGUGGACCAUCCCACGGCCUCACCACAUGGACAGCAGCAACCGCCCUGCAGAGGGGCGCACUGACAACUUCCAUCCCCGCAGACUGCUGCUCAGUGGACCCCCACAGGUAUACACACACACACACAUGCAUGCAUGCACACACACUUGACAGACACACACACACAUGCAGAAUACUGCUCAGUGGAAACACACACACACAGACAAGUACAUAGCCUUACACACACACACACACCCAAACACACGCCAUACUGACUCCUGUAACCUGUUCAGGUGGGGAAGACAGGGGCGUACCUCCAGUUUCUGGGCAUCCUGUCUCGUAUGCUGAUCAGACUGAUGGAGGUGGACAUCUAUGAUGAGGACGAUAUCAACUACAGUGAGUUACCAUGACAACACUCCCCUGCCCUCUUUCCGUUACGACUACACUCUUCAGACCCACAGCCUCAGAGCCGUAAUAGUCCAGCGGCUCAUUGAGCACCUCCCAUUCAACUGAAUGUGAUGACAGAUAGAUACAUCACCUGAGCCGUGCUGAGAAUUCAAAACUAUAAAGGCCAACGGUCCAAUAUUCUAGAAAAUGGCUGUGAAGACGAGGACGUGGUUUGGACUCUGAUAACCCUACAUGAGGUUGUUUUAAGGCGCUAUUAGCUGUUAUGAAUAGGUGGUCAGCUGGAGUGUGUCCAGUACCAGCCAGCCUGUGCCUCCUGGCCAGUCACAGACACACUGAGGGGCAUGCCGUUCGACUACACCAUCCACGACCCCAAAUAUGACGACAUCAGCACUGUCUACUGCCCUGACUACUGCCCCAACACUGAUGGUAGGACGGGACGUCUCUCUAGGACCAUAACAUUAUCAUAGGCAGUCUUACUAGAUCAUUGUCUUGGACCUCCUGAUCUCUUGUUCUACGAUUGUAGAAAAACCGAACUAGAUAAAUAAUGCUAAACUCUGUAGCUGUGUACAGUAUGUGGUUGUGGUUUUCAGAUGCUCCAUGGUUAUUCCAUGGUUAUAGACUGGUGUUCUCCUGGUCGACUGACCCCCAGCCCCUGCUCUCUCCCCAGGAAACCCCAGACAUCAGGAGGACGUGUAUCUGCAGAGGCGUACGGCCAGAAAUCUGCUAGGGGGAGUGAGCAGGUAGGUACACGUGUCAAGGAGAAGAGUAGAGAAAUGGACCAUAGCCAUACUCUACUAAUCCCUUCCUCGAACCCACAAUCUUUCUCAGUGAAGUGAGGAUGCACUGCGUAAUCUCACCACCAGGGAGCUCCCAAGAGCCUAUUUUUCCUCUCUUACCCUUUCUUUCCUAUAAUACUUCCAUAUCUGAAACCUCCACUAACAUAUACAGUCAACAUAAUACAUAGUAUAGAAACCCUGAGAAGAUCAAAUCUUUGCAGAACCCACUCAACCAUGUAUAUGUUUCUCCUUCCCCCUCAAUUGGUAGAGCAUGGCGCUUGUAACGCCAGGAUUGUGGGUUCGAUCCCCGGGACCACCCAUACGUAAAAAUGUAUGCACACAUGACUGUAAGUUGCUUUGGAUAAAAGCGUCUGCUAAAUGGCAUAUUAUUAUUAUUAUUCUUAUUAUUAUUAUUAUUAUUAUUAUCAGAACCCUGACUGUAUCAAGAGUCCCAUCUUCACCCCGACAACAGGUCGUCAUGAGCAUUUACUGUUCAACCUGUACCACGCCAUGGAUGGGGCGGCCCACCUCCACGUCUUGGUCAUCAAGGAGUACGAGAUGGCUGUCUAUAAGAAGUACUGGCCCAACCACAUUAUGCUGGUGCUGCCCACCGUCUUCAAUGGAGCUGGGAUCGGUACACCAUUACCACCUCCAGCUCCACUCUCUUUCUCACUAACAGACUCAUUCUCUCACUCACUCUCACUCCCCGUCCCUUCAUCUAUCUCUCACCCUCUCCCGCCACACAACAGACAAACUAACUAACUUACUGACUAACUAACUAACUAACUAACUAACUAACUAACUAACUAACUAACUAACUAACUAACUAACUAAUUACCUAACUAACUAACUAACUAACUAACUAACUAACUAAUUACCUAACUAACUAACUAACUUACUGACUAACUAACUAACUAACUAACUAAUUACCUAACUAACUAACUAACUAACUAACUAACUAACGUACACUAUGAAACACAGAGACAAUGUUUCCUGAUGUCUCCCUCUCUGACCUCUGACCUCUGCCCCCUCCCCCAGGUGCAGCCCACUUCCUGAUCAAGGAGCUGUCCUACAACAACCUAGAGUUGGAACGCAGCCGCAUGGUGGAGGGAGGGGGGCCGCCAGCAGACGUCUGGCCCGUCAUCAUCCUCUCUGACGACUCCUGCGUCAUGUGGAACGCUGUGGACCUGGACUCACACAGGUUCACACUCACACACACACACACUCACACACAAGGAAUGAUUCUCAGAUACACACACACACAGACAAAACCACACACACACACACAACCAGACACACACACACUCACAACAUCAUCUUCAAAUCAAUUGUGGUGUUCCGCAGGGAUCGAUUCAUAUCCCUCUGUAAUGUGAUGUCUCAGUUGUAAUGUUGUUGUAACGUUCAUGCUAGGACCAUUGUAAUGUUGAUGUAAUGUGUGGUUUCAGAUGACUGACGUCCCCACCUCGGUCCAGCCGUCUCAGUAUAUCGGUGCCCCGGACAGCAAGCAUCCAUUCCUGGCCACGCCUGCACAGCUACUGCUGGAGAAAUACCUGCAACACACCAGCCAACGCCUGUUCCCCCUCAGCACACGCAACUACACACACCCCAUACUGUCUGUGGACUGCUACCUCAACCUGGGGCCUGAGGUACACACACACCCCAUACUGUCUGUGGACUGCUACCUCAACCUGGGGCCUGAGGUACACACACACCCCAUACUGUCUGUGGACUGCUACCUCAACCUGGGGCCUGAGGUACACACACACCCCAUACUGUCUGUGGACUUCUACCUCAACCUGGGGCCUGAGGUACACACACACCCGCACACACACACACAAAUACAUAUGUGAUUGUUUCGAUGUCAGAUCAGUCAUUGGUGCGUCUCUCUUUCCCUCCCUCCUUCCUUCCCUCCAUCCUUUCCUCUCUCUCUCUCUCUCUCUCUCUCUCUCUCUCUUUCUCUCGCUCUCUCUCUCUCUCUCUCUCUCUCCAGGUGACGGUGUGUUUUGUGAGUUCCAGACCUCACUCCAUCAACAUCUGUACUACAGGGCUGCUGUUCAGUGGCCUGCUGCUCUGCUUUUGGGAUUCCUUUGUCACGCCACGAUUCCUCAAGAGCUUUCACUUCCUCAAAGGUACAUGCACACAGACCCAUGCAGACACACACACACACACAGAGAGAAGUCAUCACUUCUUCAACGGUAUUCUCUCGUCCCUCCUCCAGGGGCGAAUCUGUGUGUGAUAUGUGCUCGACCGCAGCUCUCCGAGACAGACAGUGGUGAGGCUGGAGCUCGAGGACGAGUGGAGGUUCCGGCUGAGUGACGAGUUCCAGACAGCCAACGCUAAAGAGGACCGCCCCCUCUUCUUCCUCACAGGGAAACACAUA